GUUGGGUUCACAACAAAAACCGCAGCCGCGAGACAAACUCGACUGUCGUCGAGAGUCGGGAAUCGAGAAUCGAAUUGCGAAUUGCGAAUACAACUCACCUCUGCUUCUCGUUCCUCGCGUCGCGUCGCGUCGCUUCUACGUCUCUAACAAAAUUAUAUCGUGCCCGAGUUUAAUCAAUUAACAUCCAUACGAUUAUAAUAAGAGUUUAAUUCGAUUAACAGCUCAUCAAGGCGAAAAUGCAAAUGCAAAUAUCGUUAACAAUAAAACAAUAACUAUAAUUUAUUGGUUUGCAACAAUUGAAGCCUUUUACUUUUUUAACAAUUAUUAAAGACUGUGCUAACAAUAUCAAGAAUGAAUUAAACGCCGAAGACCCAAAAUUCCAUUCGAUCCAUAAAUAAAUUAAAUAUGUACUUGCAAUAAAUUUACAAAUAAUUAAAUAUAUAGAAAAAGUGCUUGCCUAAUGCAAUAAUAAUAAAUGAAGUGCUUAUAUAAAAGGUGUUCAAAAUUCUAAAAUAAAGCAUCAAGUUCAUUACAAAGCAAUAUUGCUUACGACAUUUUAUAACUCAUACAAUUUAAAUUCAAUUCGAAGCAAUCAUAUCGAAAACAGAAUUUGCAUCAAUUGUGAUUAUAAAAGAAAAUAAUAGUGAAAACUAACCACAUCGCAUCGAGGAACCAAUCCCAUUAAUUAAUUAACGUAACUCUCUUACGAUUAUCAAAUGGUCGCUUGGAUUGAAUAUUACAAAAAAGCGUAGCCGAAAUACGAAUGCAAAUUAGAUGCAAAAUAAAUGGGUAAAAUGAGGUCAAGUAAAUACGAUGUUACCACAGUUUACGGUCUAUGCCAAGAUUAUUUACCUCCUGAUGGUGGUGAUUUCAGGUGCAUUAUGUACAGUAGAAGAUUACGUAAUAAUGUCACAGUGUGCACACGACAAAGCCAUACACCUAGCUGCGGAAGGAACAGUCUCAGUGACAGACAUUUCACAGAUUCAAAAUAUAACGAUAGUCGGCCUCUCGGACUUUGUGAACGAAUUCAAAAUAGCACUGUACGCAAAAGAAACGCAAAGAUAUUUGUGUUUCAACGACAAUUGGAGAUUAGUUGGCAUGAAGGAACUGCGCGAUACCUGCUACUUCAACGAGACCAUCGUUCACGGUUAUUUCGUGUUCCGUUCCGUUGUCGAUCUACAGCGACGUGUCGGGUUCACGCAUCGAGGUAAACCCGUCGGUCCCAAGACCGUCAAGAGCGUCAACGAUGCCUGCUUCAUGUUCAAUAAGAUCGAUGCCGAGCUCUUUUUCCAUCAGCACACGUUACCAAAAUGGCGCGAGACAGCUGCAAUGAGGGCCAAUGGCAAUGGCAAUGGCAAUAGUAACAACAAUGGCAGCAGCAAUGGCAACAAUCGCAAAGUCUCGCGCAACAAAAACAAUCGCCACAAAUCGAAUAACCAAAAUCAAAAGUUGCAACAGCAACAUGCGCAUCAUGGCCAUAAUAGUAGUAGUAGUCUAAGUAGCACUAACAAAAAACAACAACAAUUAGCAUUAGUUCGAAAACAACAGCAGCAGCAGCAGCAGCAGCAGAAACGGCAGCAACAUCAGGUGCGACAUCAUCACAAUGAUCCCUCAAUGCUGGCGCGGCGACAGCAGCGACGCAAGCAGCAGCACCAACAACAACAGCAACAGCAACAACAACAACGAGUCACAGCUAGUCCAACGAAACAAACGACUGCCAAAAGUGCAACAACGACAAAACAACAAACAACAAACGCAUCACCUGCAGCAGCAGUAGCAGAACCAGCAACAACAACAGCAACAUCUGCAACAGCAACAACCAAAACGUCGACAACAACGCUGGCCAACAAGCGCAAAGGUCGACGAAGAAAGGGACGAAAACCGAAGCAGCAGCAGCAGCAGCGACUGCAAUUGCAACAAUUGCAGCAACUACCUACGGCAGCAGCCACAGUUGAUACCAGCACGGACGAUAUGUUCACAAGCAGCAGCAGCAGCAGCUACUCCACAAGCAUCGACGAUGGCUACAGCAGCAGCAGCAGCAUUGAGCCCUGGUCCACUUGGUCUGCCACGCCCACAGCAACAAAUGAAAACUUUAGCGAGAUUAGCGAGAGUACCAGCGACAGCAGCAGCAGCAGCAGUAGUAGCAGCAGCACACACGCCAGCAACAUGUUGCUAGCAACAACUGCAGAAGACAGUAUUAAAUCGUAUAUCAGCAACAGCAACUACAAUCUCUGGGCAACGUCCAUCACAGAGUUGGAAGCCGAAGCAUCUGCAUCAACAACACUCGCAACAGCAACAUCGAGCAGCGGCAAUGACACCGAGUUGCUGCAAUACGAAACAGAGCUGACUGAGGAUGGCGAUGAGAAUGAGUUACUCACCACGACACAGGCAAUAGCUAACUAUGAAACCAAAGCAACAGGAGCAACAGCAGCAACGGCCGCAACCAGCAGCCAAGUGGCUAAAACUACCUCGACAACAGCAGCAACAGCAGCAACAACAACAACCACAACAACCACAACUACAGCAGCAACAGGCACACAGUUGGUACUGGAACAAACGCCUCCGGCAGCAACUGUGGCCACGCUAAUGUACAACAAAUGGCACACAACGCAGCAGCAUGAGGCAAGCAUUGUGGGCAACACGACAGCAACAGCAGCAACCACAGCAACAUCAACAGUGAGCACACACAAGCAAAGCAGGCAUCGCAACAGCAGCAACAAUAACGAAAACCAGCAACAACUGCUUCGGGACAGCAGCAGCAAACAGCAACCAUACAAAUUGCUGCGAGCAACCAGUGCAACAGCCAGCACGCGAUUCCAAACAAUGUUGCCGACAGCAGCACAGAGCAGUGCUGCCUCAAGGACAGCUGCAGCAGCAUCAGCAGCCACAACUGUGUUGCUUGCAACACCAAAGCUGCAAGUCGACAAGGUGUUCAGUGUGUACAAGAACAUCAACAGCAAUCUGAAUAAUAGCCUCGCCGAAACAAAACAAACAACGGCAACAUCACCAUCAUCAUCAGCAACAUCAGCGACGGCAGCAACUGUUACGGCUGCAACAAGUACGAAGAAAACUCUGAGAAAGUCCACGCAAAAGCUGCUGGCCACGCCCUAUUCCCAAUUGACCUAUGUCCGCAACGGGGCGGGAGAUAUUGAAAUUGAUAAUCUGGACAAUAUAAGCGUAUAUCCCGAUGUCUUCGAGGACGUGUCAAAUGAGCACGACAUCAGCAACAGCAACGGCAACAGUAGCAGCAACAUCGACAGCACUGGCAGCAAUAGUCGUCUCACCUUUGUUAGCGGUUUUCUGGCCACAUCACCCACAUCAGUGCUGCCCGAAUCCAUACGCAUAGCCAAGAUUAAGAUCAACAACGAGCGUCGGCGUCAUCAUAGUCAACGGCGUCUUCGCAACUUUGCGUAGUGUUGAGAAAGUGUAGAAAGUGUAGUAGCAUCGAGCAAUUGCAAUCGGAUAUCGAUUUAUCGAUAACUAGACUCAAGUACAGCUUGCGAGAUGCGUGUUAAUUGAAAGGGCAAAGAAUUUAUAUGAAGUGACAUAGAAGGUAAAUUCAAGCGAAAAUUAUGCAAUUAAUUAUAUAAAUUUAUAGAUAUACUAUAUAAUGAACUGAUACAUAUACAUACUUGCAUAUAUGCAUAUAUAUAUAUACAUAAACAUUUAUAUAUAUGUGGGGAGUUGCUUGGGCACCAGGCCACAGAGAUCGGAAACGUAAGCGACAACUUUGGCUUACUGAUUGAUACCUCAACUCAGUCAGAACUUUGCAACACUUGACUUUACACACACACACACACACACUCACACACACAGACACACACACACAUAUGCUUAUAAGCACAGAACUCAGGCCACAUUUCAUCUUCUCGAAGUACUCAAAGCAAGAGGGCAUUAAAAACCAACUGAAAUACCAACAAUAAUUACCAUAGCAAUUACUUUAGUAAUUAUGAAAACAAUUCUUAAUUGCAAUCACUUGUGUAAUGCUAAUUUAAUAAUCUACAAAUUGUAUUUGCCAUAACUUGGAACACAUGCUUUGCAUUUUAAUAAAAAAGAAAAACAAAACAAAAACGAAAACGAAACAAUUAAUUAUAACAACACUUUUCAAUUACCAUUGCGAAUUGUAAUUGAGCAACUGUUUUCCUUAAAUUACUAAAUGAAUUGGCCAAGCAAUUUAGAGCUCUGAAAAACAUUACUAACAGUACUCUGCACUCGACUGGCCAUCCUCCUAUCCCAUACAAAGACACUGAAGCUCUUAAACAAAAUGUCAAGAAAUCAGUUCCAUGGAAGAACUCGCAGAACUGCUAAUACAUAGUUAUAAAUGAAAGACAAUAAGAUUUUUAUUUAAAACUAAACAAAAAAAAAAACUGAAAUUGUUGCAUAAAUAUAAUGAAUAAAAUCAAGUAAUUAUUAAAAACAAAUUAAUAACGGUGUCAGCGAAUACUAAAUGAUAUAAUGAAUGUUUAGCAGCACUGAAUGUAAGGCAAAUACGAUAGCGACUUUUGGUUUACUAAAUCAAUUAAAUUUAUUAGCAAUGAGAUUACGAAAUAUAUAAAACGAAAAAAAAAAACAAAACAAAAAACAAAUACAUAAGUAAAUCAAUAAAUACAAACAAAAAUCAAUAUAUAUACGCAUAUAUUUUCAAAAUUUUAUAAUGAACCAAAAACCAAAAUGGCAAAUUAGUAAACAAAUUUAAUGAGAAUGUUUUUUAAAUUCAUACGCAAAAAUAAAAACUAACAAAAACAAUACUAAGACAAUUGACAACCAAUUCGCACAGCAAAACACUUCCAGACAAACAAAAAAAAAUUAUAAAAUAUGAAACGAAAACUUUAAAUAUUAAAAAGUAAACAAAAAAACAAAACAAAACAAUUUUAAUAGGCACAACUGACAAAAAAUUUGAGAAAAUCCAGAGAGAAAAUGCUAAAAAUAAACCGAAUUUUAAAACAGCAUGUUGUUAGGGUUGCUCAACACUGUGACGAAAAACAGUGUUGCAAAUGGCGACAAAAAUAUCCUAAAGGAUAGCACUUGAAGCAUUGCAGGAAAUUGAUUAAAAAUAAUCAGAAAACUUAAAGUUAAAUCAAUUAACUAAUUUUGGAUAUUUGAAAUUUGAAUAAACAAAAAAAAAACGGAAAUCAGAAAACUGAAACUUUAGCAAAAUACAAGAAAAACUUUUAAAUAAAUGGUACUAAAAAAAUGCUACAAAUCAAUAAGAAUAUAUAUAUAUACAUAUAUAUAUAUAUAUAUAUAUAUAUAUAGAGCGUAUAAUAUAUACGGCGACAAACACCAAAAUUCACACUGAAUAAACGUUAUAUUUAUUAAUUAAAUAUGUAAAAUCAAUAAAAAGAAAUUGAAAUAAAAACCAACUGCUGCUUUUCUACAUAUAUAGAAAUAUAUAUACAUAUAUAAAUAUAAACAACAAUUGUUUCUCGUAUAUUUAUAUUAAUAUAUAUUAACAUAAUGAAAUACAAAACGUAAAUAGUUCAAACAAAUUAGCAAACCAAAUACAUAAACAAAAUUUAAAGGUAAAAAGGAAAAUUGAAAAGAAAAUGAAAAUGAAAAUGAAAACGAA